UUCAGCGUAACAGGGAUACUCGAGUCGACGCACGAACGCACGAAAGGUAGUCGGCCAGCCGUUUCCACAUAACCGAGGAUACUUAUCAUCACAUGUGUAUUUCCUUCUACAUCAUAAGCAACGAAAGGAAGUUGAGAAGACGCUGUGCACUAUAAAGAGUUUUUCUGUGUCUCUCUUUCAUUUGAAAAUUAUUGUGAUUAGGUUCUCCUGUGAUGUUUUUGUGAGCCAGGAGAAAUCAUUUCAAGACACGUUUUGAAUAAAAUUACUUAAUUUUAAGUGAUACUCGCAACUCGCAAGAUUGCAUCAACUCAUCAAGUUAGCACCUGGACUCAUUUAUUUCCAACAAGUUUCCAUUUAAUCGCGCUAUUCGCAUCCCUUAGCUGCCUGGAUAAAAUCAAUUGGAUAAUUAUCAUCUUCGAUUGGAUGUCACCCUCACCAAAGAAACACCUGUCUAAAAGGUGAAUACAGUCAUACAGGUGAAUACUUCACACCUAGUUCUUCACAGCAUACUAGCAUCAUCAUCCUCUCCACCCUCCUCCUCAUCCUUGAAUUCAUCAUCAUCCCCAUCACCCCGUCAUCAUGAUCAGUUUGAGCACGCUGAGCUUGGAGCGCGUACCCGACUUCGGGCAGCGAGGGCCGGGGGACCUGGAAUGGACGACGAUCGCGUUGAUGAUGGUGGUUCUGGUGGUCGGACUCUACUAUUACGUAGUGAAGGUCGCUGAUAGGUGUUCCUGUCCCAAGCGACUGGAUGGAAAGACAGUCAUUGUGACAGGAGCCAAUACAGGAAUUGGUAAGGAGACAGCGCGGGACCUGGCCCGUCGAGGCGCCCGUGUCAUCCUGGCUUGUCGCGAUGCUGUACGGGGUCGAGAAGCGGAAAAGGACAUCCGAAUGAGUACGGGAAAUGAUGACGUGAUCUUUAUGAAACUGAACCUGGCCAGUUUUGAUUCCAUACGCCAUUUCGCCCAGGAAUUCAAUAACACCGAAGAGAGAUUGGACAUUCUAGUUAACAAUGCAGGCGUGAUCAACGAUGGCUCGCUUCGCACCGAGGAGGGACACGAACUCGUGUUCGGCGUCAAUCAUCUCGGCCACUUCCUCCUCACCAACAUCCUCCUCGACAAGCUGCAGAAAUGUGCUCCGUCCAGGGUCAUCAACGUCUCCUCCGACGCCUACAUGUUCGGCAAGCUCGACCUCGAGCGUCUGUCGGUGAACGAUGGUCGGGUGAAGUCGUACGCAAGGAGCAAGCUGGCGAACGUGCUCUUUACCAGGCAGCUAGCCGACAAGAUGGCCGGGACGGGGGUCGUCAGCUUCAGUCUCCAUCCAGGUUCUGUCAACACCGAGAUCAAGCGUAACUGGGCGGGUUGGUUGCGGGCACUCGCCCCUCUCAUCUCCUUCUUCUUCCUCAAGUCAGUCAAGGCUGGGGCCCAGACGUCGAUUCACUGUGCAGUUUCAGACGAUAUCUUGGACCAGUCUGGAGAGUUCUUCAAGGGUUGUCAGGUCCAGAAGCUGUCCAGGACGGCACAGGACCAGGACCUGGCCCAACGGCUCUGGGACGUCAGUCUGGAGAUGACGGGUCUACAGAGCUCGUGAGAACGUAAUCUCGACCGCGGGUUGGAUGGAGACACUCAAAAGACUCUUAACUUAUUACAGACUGCAAACGCUGUCGCAGAAAAAAAAGAUGUUGGGCGGAUUGCUUGUAUAACAUGGAGCUGGACAGGUGAAACGAAAGUUUUGAAACAUUUCACAUGGAGAAACAGAACGCCAGCUUUGGUGAUCUCUACCUUAUUAAGAUGAAUUGAAUGAACUUGGACAUAUACAAAAUCAAACGGUACCAAGUCAUUACAUUGGACAAAGCGAGAUUAUUCAUGUUUGCUGGUGUCAAGAGUGGUUUCUUUCUUAACAUUGCAGUUGCUUUGUCAUACAGGAAAAUGAAUGACUGUUUUAUUUCACAUCUGCACAAAUAGAGACGUCCUAUUACUUGGAAAACAUCUUUAAAAGUGCCGUUGCCAUGACUACAUAUCACGUUGUUAAACCGAAGAAGCAGACGUGACAAAGUCCGCGUUACUAUUCAUGACGUCACGAUUUGUGUCUUUUUGUUGCAUUGUGGAUGCUUGUGGCUUCCAGUGACAAGAUUCAUGAGACACUCUUGAUUUAUUGUUGCGAACAUUAUAUACAAAAGCGAUGUUUAGUGUCGUACAAUAACUUUCAAAGAAAACCGUCGAAUUUAUACUAAGAAUAACAUGAAUCUUUCUGUUCUCUUGAUCCAAGUUUACGCUAAAUUGGAGCGAGGAAACUAACAUGGGUGCGAUAUUGCGGGAAUUGUGUUCAUUGAUGGAGUUUUACUUGUAUUUAACUAUUUAUUCAAUUAUUCGAAAAAUAAAUUUCCUUUCAUGAUCAUCAUUGUUUAAUUCGAAAGAUGCGAAAGUCGGCUCGGAGCAAAUUCAUAAUGAAACAAAUAUAGUAAUACAACUAGGUUCAAAUUAAUUUGUGGUGUAUGUACGGCAGGGGCAGAUAGGAGGGGCAUGAUUCAGAAAAAAAAUAACAAUGAUUAAUGGGGAUCACAUGAUUUUUGAGAAGGUGCCUUUUGGAUUUUAAAAAAAUCUUUGAAAGUGUUGGUGGAGCACAUUUUCAUUUUGUGUACAAAAUGAUAUGCCACAUUGGUUUAAAUAGAGGGCACGGGACCCCCCCCCCCCCCCCCGCAACAAAUCUUCCAAUGACGUACGAGACGUUUGUCAAGAGUCGAUCAAUAACACCCCAUCGGCCAAUGUCGUCAUAAUGAUUGGUAAUGAGUUUGAGGGUCGACAACAAACUAGCAACAUUUGUAAUGCCCAUUACGAUUGCGUGAAAUUGAUCAACGUAAAUUCCCAAUUCCGCGAGGUACAUAAGUUUAAAAAAAUCUGAUUCAUGUAACACAUGGGUUAUUGUUUGCAGAACUAAAUUCGCCAUACAUGUUUCAAGUGCCACCGUCUUUGGCCUAUAAAAUAUAUUGGUCUACAUGAAAUAGCUAUCAAAAAUAAAGACAGAGAAAGAGAGAGGGGUGGUGGGGCAAGAUAAAGUAAAUCAUUCUGGGUAUCAACAUUACUGAUGAUAAAUAUGUAUUUGCUUUUAAACUAAAAAGCAAUAUUUACACAAUGUGUGUUUUGCAAGAAGAAUUUAUUUUCAUCUACCAGAAGAUUUCGAUCCUAGAAACACAUCAGUCAGUAUGAUUUAUUUAUUUUCAUAACACAUGCAACGGCUUUUUUAUCAAUGAAAAUAUGACGCAAUACGUUGCAAGUUGAUUAACGAAAAAACGGUGUCUGACUUUAUGAAAUCAAAGUGACUCGUUGAAGUAGUUUUUCAACCUGCCCGAAGAAGUAACUUUAUGUAUAUCAGCGUUUGGUGAUUGCAUGUUGCAACCUCACCUCUCU